AGGGAGUGUUCUAGCGUCUCCUCGCGUGAGGAGCAGGCAGUAGGUCGCUCUCUCAGGACUCUGCUGUUCCGUACCAUGGAGUUCGCGUGGCUGUCGCUAUUCCUCGCCCUCGGUGGGCUCCGGGGGGCCCGCGGUCUGCAAGAGGUCGACGUGUUCCCCUCCCUCGGUGGAGAUAUCCGCGACUUCACCGUCGCUGCGCGCUGGGUGUACGUCGUCACCGGCGACUACCUGUACCAGCUCAACCUCAGCCUGGGGCUGCUUCACAGUCUGACGCAGAGAGGGGAUUACUUUGUAUCCUCUGCUUCUGGACAGUUUAACAGGAAUUUGGAGGGGGGCACUUCCACUUUUAGCGUCAAUACCUUGGCGCCACUUGUGGAGCGCAACCUGUUGUUCACCUGCGGUGCGCUGAACUGCGGCUUCUGUGAGACGCUGAACUUGACGGACAUAACUCAGAUAUUAAGCGGGGAGGCUCAUGAAGUGAGUCCUGUUGUGCCAAAGGGCGCAUCCGUGGGAUUUGUGGUUGACGUGAAUGAAGUGUCUUACAUUUUAUCUGCUGCUGAAGAGUUCGAACGAUUCGACGACCAAGGCUGUAUGGGCAAAUCGCGAAUUCGUCUUCUUAACACAAAUGAAAUUCAGGUUGGAGGACUGUUCUCGUUCUUAGACAGUAUGGGGUUGCCCGAAAUCGUUGCGCGUCGUCCAGGUGUCCAGUUUGUGGAUGGCUUUCAAAUCGCAUCGUCUAUUUUUAUUUUUUCAAACUUAAAUGACGUAGACGCCCCUAAAGUUCGUCUAAUUUGGUUUGCGACCAAAGCGACUAAAAGCAAAACGUUAAGGUCCCUGCGAGGUGCGACACUCGAAUGCUGUGAAGGUGGCGAAGCGCACCAGAGACUCGUUUCUUCUUCGGUGAUUCCUGGGGACCAACCGGUCCUCUGGGCAGGGAUAUUUACCGACCAUGACGUCACUAACACGGAGCUCGCCGUAUAUGACGUCAGUCCGCCAACUGAUGCACCGACCUACAGGGACCCAGACUUUGGCUACACAGGAGAACUUCCAAAGGGUGACGGGCCCAUCACGCUGAGGCCAAUGCGCGUGCUGCUGAAGCAUCCUUACAUGACGUCGGUGCUCGUGGUCAAGCUCAACAACUGGCUGAUCGUCUUCAUCGGCACCGGAGACGGUCAACUGCUGAAGCUGACGGUGGACGCCACGCUCCAGGCCCAGUGUCUCAGCGUCAUCUGGAAGGCCCCCGACGACCGCCGCGUCUUUCCCAAGAUGCACCUGGACCCCGUGGGCCGCAAGCACGUCUUUGUGGCGGUUAGGGACAAGUUGAUGCGUGUUCCAGUGUCUCAGUGUGUCCAACACAGCAGUCUGCAGUCCUGCUGGAACGCCCGCGACCCGUACUGCGGCUGGUGUGGAGCUCUGAGACGAUGCAGCUUUGAGGACGAGUGUCCCUCUUCUCUGUGGCUGUCCGUCCCAGAUGACCUCAGCCAGCGCCGGAUGCUCUCCCACAGCUUCCAGGAAGACGCAGAAGGAAAGAUCACGCUGGUGGUCUUCACCCACCUGAAGAGAGGUGGAGCUCCUGCCAACUUCUCCUGCCGAUUCGACUCAAGCGUCGGAGUGCUGGGAGGACUAGGGUACAAAUACCCAGAAUGCACCUGCCUGCUGCCUCCUGUGAUUGCAGGCCUGCGUGUCAGCGUCACGGUGAGCCUGGGGGAAGUGGAUGUGACUGAAGAACUGAACCUCCUCAACUGCUCUGGGAUCACCGGAGCUCCCACUCCCCUACUGUGUAGCCAGUGCCUCGCUGCCGGGUGUGGGUGGAGCCACGGGGCCUGUACGUGGACACGCAGCGGAGCUCUGAAUAUGUCCAUCUGCCAGGGUCUGCAGACCGGGGUUGACUCUCUGCCAGAGAUAAUCAACAUUACCCCGAGUGAGAUGUCCUUCUACGGUAAAAACAACGCGGUGCUGAAGGGAAGGAACCUGGGUCAUGUGAUCGGAGUUCGGCUUCAAGGACACCUGGACUGCAGCGCGAAAGAGGCUUCGGUGAGGGACAAUACGGGGGCCAGCCUGACCUUCCACAUCCCCGCCGGAGACAAGGGCCGGGUCGAGGUCUGCCUCCUCCUGCCCGACGGCGGUUGCCACGGCAGCGCGCCGCUCACCUACCGGUCGGCGCCGGUCUGCGCCUCCAUCUCCCCGGACAGCACCUGGGCCAGCGGGAAGAGGAGGAUGAACAUCACGGUGUCCAACCUGAAGUUUGUCAAUGAGGUCAUCCACAGCCACACAGAUGAGAGGGUCACCUUCUCCGAGUCAAGCGACCAAUCUCUGCAGUUCGAGAGCCUGGCGACAGACCGCGACCCCUUCAGCAGCACUGUGACCCUGAGGGUGGCCAAUCACACGCUGGCCUGCCCCACCGCCAUCCGCUACCUGCCAGACCCCCAGUUCAUCAACUUCAUCUCCGCGCCCGCGGCGGACCACCUGCGGCUCACCAUAGUGAAAAAGUCAGAUGAGCUCCAGAUGGCCCCAGAGGACCUGCGGGUGAAGGGCGUCCAGGGCGGUGAAGACCGCGACUGUGUUAUCACAAAAAUCGACUACAGCAAAGCCACCGACUUCAUCACCUGUGUAAUUCAGCGCUCCUCCGAAGCGGAGAUAACAGCAGUGAAGAUUAUGUAUGGAAACAUUAUUUACCUCCUGGAGCACCCCUGGUCCUUCAUGGUGCACAUCCUUCUUCGAUUAAUUAUCGUGAUGUUGUUCGGUAAGAAAGGACUUUACAUUAUGCUGGGCAGCAGCUACAGGAUAAUAAUCCAGAUUCUGUGCCAGAUUUCCCCCUUCCGACUCUGGUCAGUAUAGCCCUGAAUUUUGGAUGGUUCUAAACUAUGGCCAGAUUAGCCUGUGCUGUUCGGAAUGUUAGGAUUGGAUUUAAUCCCAGAACCUGAGAUUCAGAACAUCCACAGCGAUUCAUCAUUAGAAACAUGUUCAAUAUUUACAAACCGAUAUUCUGUACUA